ACGGUCCUUUCGCUAACAUGGAGGACGCCACAUGUUCAUAACAAACAUCUCCGUUGAACUUCAGUUUUGAAAAUAACAUUUUACGAUGGAGUCGAUAACAAAUACAGCAGCUGAUGUAACUGUAAGUAUGGACAGUGACGGUAAUCCAGACGGAUUUGAGAAGGUGAAAUCAAAAAAGAGUCAGAAACGCAAGCGGGAUGCGGGAGAAGUGGACAUGGACACAGGAGCAGUCAAGAGACCGAGCUUCCCACCCAUAUCAGGAGAUCAACUGAGGGGAGGUGCGGAUGAGAUGCGUAAAGUGCCUGUUCCUGCUCACCGUUACACACCUCUAAAAGAAAACUGGUUGAAAAUUUUCACCCCCAUUGUUGAAAACCUGCAGCUUCAAGUCCGGUUUAAUCUCAAAACAAGAAAUGUGGAGAUUAAAACAUGCAAAGAAACUCAAGACAUUAGUGCUCUCACCAAAGCUGCAGAUUUUGUGAAGGCCUUUGUUUUAGGAUUUCAGGUGGAGGACGCACUGGCACUGAUCAGAUUAGAUGAACUGUUUUUGGAGUCAUUUGAUGUCACCGAUGUUAAACCUCUUAAAGGAGACCAUUUAUCCAGAGCCAUCGGUAGGAUAGCUGGGAAAGGAGGCAAGACAAAAUUCACCAUUGAGAAUGUGACGAAAACAAGGAUUGUGCUUGCAGACACGUGAGUUAUGGGAACACUUUGA